AUGAAUUCAAGUACAUCUCCCCACCAGCACUCUCCUUUCCCUUCAUAUGGUGAAAUACACCAGCAGCAGAUGAGCCCCGGCAGCAAUUCUCAACAAAUGCUGCCUUCGGGGGGCAACGGAAACGGCCAGCAGCAGCAAAUGGUUGGCAAUCAGCAGAUGGGCGGCGGUGCUGGUGCAAAUCAGCAGCAGAUGAUGACGGGCGCGGGCGGCGCUGGUUCUAAUCAGCAGCAUUUGCAGCAGAUGUUCCAGUUUCAACAGCACGGGCAACAGUUGGCGGCACAGCAGCAGCAGCAGCAGCAACAGCAAAUGACGCAGGGCUAUGUUAAUGGAACGCCGACGCAAGUUUCAGCCAUGGGAAAGUUGUGUGGGCAGGAUGCGGUUAUCGGAUAG